GCAAAAUAUACAAAUAAAAAAAUAAAAAAUAAAAAAUAAAAAAUAAAAAUGAGCCAAGAGCAACUUUCCAAGAAUGCUAUUGAAGAAGAAACAAAGAAAGUCAAUUUAUCAAAUGAGAGUGCUGGUUUUAUUUUAGGUCAGAGUAACAAAUCCCAUAUCCUAGCUAACCAGACAGAACCCAUUGGUCUCCAGGUGCUGAAACAAGAGAGCCAAUCAUUAAGUGGUCCACUUGGUUCGCAUCGUGGGGAAAUCACCAUCGGCGAAGCACUUGAAGCUACUGCUCUUACGGCGGGGCACCGGCCUGUUGACUACAGCGAUGCCGCCGCCAUACAGGCGGCGGAGGUCAGGGCAACCGGCCGGACCAAUAUUGUCCCUGGCGGCGUUGCGGCCGCUGCUCAAUCUGCCGCCACUCGCAAUGCUCGUCUGCCAAGAGACGAGGAUAAGACAAAGCUUGGAGAAAUUCUUUCGGACGCAAGUUCAAAGCUGCCGUCAGAUAAACCGGUGACCCGCCGAGACGCAGAGGGAGUGAUAGGCGCCGAGUUGAGAAACGAUCCCAACCUUUGCACCCGCCCCGGAGGUGUCGCCGCCUCUGUUGCUGCAGCUGCAAGACUUAACCAGUCUAACUCUCUUUCUAAUAAUAAUAAUACCAAUAAUAACAACAACCAAAUAAAUAAUUAAUAAUCAAGUAUUUUUUUUACAUCUCCGGUGGAGCAAAAAUAUAUUUAAUUUAUUCUAUGCUUACACUGGAUUGAAAAAUACACGAGUAUAUUAUCGUAAUUUAUUCAUCCAUAUAUUCAUAUACAUUCAUAUUGGUAUGUGAAGAUGA